AUGACUUAUCGCUACUACUGCAGAUUUAAAGGCUGUAAUAGAAAGAUUGAAUCAAAAAGUGAUGGAAUACAUUUCUACAGAUUUCCCAAGGAAGAACAAAGAUGCCAAGCUUGGGUCAAGACUUCGCAGAAUGAAAAGCUUGUGGGUGUUCCUGCCUCUGACCUACACAAAAGAGCUUAUCUAUGUAUGGUACAUUUUGAAGACAGGUGCUUCUUUAAUAUCACUACUAAACAUCGGUUAGUACACAAUGCAGUACCAUGUUCUACAAAACUCCAGGUGACAAAGGGUUUGGUUCCAGAUAAAGUGCCUGAGUUAAGUCACAUGACAGUGCCAAAUUCUGUGACAAAUGGUUCAGUUCGAGAUAAAAUGCCCGAGAUAAAUCAUAUCACAGUGCCAAGUUCUGAACAUCAUCAGUCAGAUUUUCAACAGGAAUUAAUAUCCAAUGUUCAAGGACCCAAUAAUCUUUAUCAAAAUGUCUGCUCCACUGAACUUUCAACUUGUAACGCAUCUUUAAUGUCUCUCAUUCCACAGCAGUCAUUUUCAACACCACUCAUUCUCUUGAAAAAAACCCUUUCCAGUCAAGGAGUUAGUAAAAAAUUAUCUUCUUUUAUUCAACGCCAGGUAACAUUGAAUACCCAGAAAACAAAAAGAAGACGUUUUACGCAUUCAGAUAAAAUCGAUGCCUACCGCAUCUACAGCAAAAGUCGGGCAGUUUAUCGUGUUUUGAAAGAGUUCCUUGAACUUCCAGCUGAACGAACUCUUCAACGUUUUGUCUCAUCAAAAUUGUCAUGUACAGGAAUCAGUGCAGAUAUCAUAUCAGCACUAAAACAAGUUUUACAAAAUAAGGAAAAUCACGAAAGAAUGUUUGCAUUGAUCUUUGAUGAGAUGUCAUUGAAACCCUGUCUAGUGCAUGAUAAACAAAAUGAUCGCAUAGUUGGAUUUGAGGACUUAGGUGGUUUUCCCAGUGAUUCAAUUGCAAAUCAUGUACUAGUAUUAAUGCUGAGAAGUUUAACCAGCAAGAAGAAGAAACUUCCACUUGGAUUUUACUUCUCCAACCAUGCAAUAAAUGCAGAAAGACUGAGAGAAAUACUCACAGAAGCUUUAACAAAAUUAUCGGAUGCUAAUGCCGUAGUUAAAGCUCUGGUUUGUGACCAGGGGGGAAAUAAUAGUAGGUUGUUUAGAAUUUUAGGAGUGGAUUCUCUUAAACCAUUCUUUGAUUUUAAUGGACAGACUAUUUAUUGUUUGUUUGAUCCACCACAUCUUUUGAAAAAUUUGAGGAGGAAUCUUAUGAAGUAUGACCUGCAGACAAGUAAAGGAUUCGUAUCUUUCAAAUACAUUCGAGACUUCCAUGAAGUAGAUAAAACACUGCUUAUCCGCUGUGCACCGAAAAUGACUGAUGCACACUUAAAUACAAUGGGAUUAAACUCCAUGAAAGUUGCUCUUGCUGCACAAGUGUUCAGCCACACAGUAGCAGCAGGAAUGAACCUGUGUAUUUUGUCUGGACUGAUAGAAGCAAGUGCUGCUCCAACAGUAGAGUUCAUUCUAAAGAUUGACAAUUUGUUUGACUCCAUGAAUGGAACUCGAAAGAAUCCUUUAAGAGGAAAACAGCUCCAUUGUGCAGUGAAAGAAGGUUCUGCACAUAUUAAUUUUUGGAAAGAGAUGAUAGCAUAUGUUGAAUCAUGGGUUUUUUUGCAACCGCUUGCACAAAACCAAGAUGGUCAAAGAAAGCAUGCUUCAGGACCACGUAGCAGAAUAGGCUGGUUGCAAACUCUCAGAGCAAUACUAAAACUUUCUGAAGAAAUGUUACAUGAACGGGAAUAUUUUAUGACAAAGAGGUGCAAUCAGGAUUGUCUUGAAAAUUUUUUCAGUCGUAUCCGAGGGAGUGGGGGCAAUCGCACAAAUCCAUCUGCUUAUGAAUUUUCUUCACUUUUCAAGAUUGCAUGUGUAAAUUCUUUCCGUAACACAAAUAAGUUUUCAAAUUGUGAGCCAGAUGGGGAUAAAUUUAUGUUUUUCAUUUUGUCUGCAGUACCAUCAACUACAAUUGAGGAAAAUGAAGUACAGAAGGAGGAGGUGAAAGAAGGACAAAUUACAAGUAAUGAUGAUUUUGAUGACUCUCUUGUCAUUGAUUUUGAUUCCCCUUGUCAGGAUGCAUGUUUUGAAAGACUUGAUAAUUUGUCACAAAAUGUUGUUGCUUAUCUGAGUGGAUAUUUAUCCAGAAAGGUAUUAUAUUCCUUGAAUCUUAAUGAGUGUGAUAUAUGCAGUAUUUCACUGACAGACAGAACAAAGCCAAUGCUGCAGCAUACUCUAUUUUUAUACCUUAAAGAAUAUAAAAAUCAGGAUAUAACGGAAGGAGGAUUGACACAUCCGUCAGAAAGCAUGACAAAAUGCAUUGCUGAACUUCUUCAGAAAGCAAAUAAUUUUUUCUCCCACCACUUGCCAAUAUGUAACAUUUUGCAAAAUCUGAAAAAUGUGUUAUCACAGUUACCAGUGUUUCAGUUUUUGUGCUGUGAACUUCAUUCAAAUGAUGUUAAAAAGAAGAUUAAGUUUUGGGUUUUAGUUCCAUGA